AUGUAUCUCUAUCUACCUCUACCUCUACCUCUACCUCUACCUCUACCUCUACCUCUACCUCUACCUCUACCUCUACCUCUACCUCUACCUCUACCUCUACCUCUACCUCUACCUCUACCUCUACCUCUACCUCUACCUCUACCUCUACCUCUACCUCUACCUCUACCUCUACCUCUACCUCUACCUCUACCUCUACCUCUACCUCUACCUCUACCUCUACCUCUACCUCUACCUCUACCUCUACCUCUACCUCUACCUCUACCUCUACCUCUCCCUCUCUCGCUAAUCUCAGCGCGGCCGCGUAUCUCGACGAGACCUAAGCGAUCCCACGGCGGUGAUGACGGCGGUGAUGACGGCCGAGGUGACGGCGGUGACGACGGCGGUGAUGACGGCCGAGGGGACGGCGGUGACGACGGCGGUCUUGACGGCGAUGACGACGGCGGUGGCGACGGCGGUGGCGACGGCGGUGGCAACGGCGGUGGCGACGGCAACAGCGACGAUGACGGCGACGCCAAUCAGGUAUUAACAUAA